AUCAUAUCAACAACUAAAACCCCAAUCUCUCUCUCUCUCUCUCUCUCUCGUUUCCUUCUGGAAAGACUGCAACUUCCUUCCUCGCUAGUCCUUCGCUCCAUUUCCCAGUCUCUCUCUCUCGCGAGCCCUACGAUGCCGCUACUGAGAGGCCUAAUCUCUGCCUCCAAGCUCCUCUCUAAUGGCGCCAAGGGUCGCCCCUCCCUCCUUCUCCCUUCCCCCCACCGCCGGCAUUACAGCCUGAUCCCGAUGGUCAUCGAGCACUCCUCCCGGGGAGAGCGCGCCUACGACAUAUUCUCGCGGCUGCUGAAGGAGCGGAUCAUCUGCAUCAAUGGGCCCAUCUCCGACGACACCGCCCACGUCGUCGUUGCCCAGCUCCUCUUCCUCGAGUCCGAGAACCCCUCCAAGCCCAUCCACAUGUACCUCAACUCCCCUGGCGGCGCCGUCACUGCUGGUCUUGCAAUUUAUGAUACAAUGCAAUACAUUCGAUCCCCGGUCAGCACCAUUUGUUUGGGUCAGGCAGCAUCGAUGGGUUCUCUCCUUUUAUCAGCUGGCACCAAGGGUGAGAGAAGGGCUCUGCCUAACGCUACAGUUAUGAUCCAUCAGCCCUCAGGCGGGUACAGCGGGCAGGCUAAGGACAUGACAAUUCACACGAAACAGAUAGUCCGUGUUUGGGACUCGUUGAAUGCUCUGUAUGCAAAGCACACGGGCCAGGCCAUAGAUGUGAUCCAGAAGCACAUGGACAGGGACUAUUUCAUGACGCCAGAAGAGGCCAAGGAGUUCGGGAUAAUUGAUGAAGUCAUCGACCAGAGACCGAUCUCUCUGGUCACUGAUGCUAUUGGAGGCGAAACAAAGGAUAAAGCCUCGAGUUAGUGGAACGCUUAUAGGCUGAUAGUUCUGCUGAAAUGAUCGUUCUGAUUUUGGUAUAUUUAUUCUUGCAUCUGGAUGAAUUAAUAUUGCCGUUCUCAUAGAUAUCGUAAGGAUAUUUCUAGUGAACUCAUCUCAGUUUCUUUCUCCUCUUUAUUCGAUCUUUGGGAUGAAUUCUCUUUCCUCUACCGCAUUGGAAGAUCUGAUAAAACAUUUCGGACGUGAUCCUUUUUUCUGAUA